UCAUCGUAUACUCUCCGCCUCUCUCGUUCCUCUAAUCCUCUUCGUCCCAAACACUCUCUCUCUCUUAGGGUUCUCCGAAUCUUCCUGGUUUCGAUCCGUUUCUCUCCUCAUCCUUACCCUAAACAUGGAGGAAUCCAUCGAUUUCCCGGAUUGGGAGCUCCUCCAUGGCCCCGACGCCGCCCCAGUGAGCCCCGCCGCGCUUGGCGAGGCGAUCGAGGCCGAUUCCGACGAGGGCGGCGCGAUCAAGCCCGAUUACUUCGCCCUCGGCUCCGAGGACAAGUACCCUGCGAGGUCCGGCUCUGCCAUGGCGAAGAAUCGCGAGGAGGAAGAAGAACUGGGGCUCUGCGACUCGGAUAACCCUAGCUGGGUCGACCCCGAAUCGGACCAUCGCAAAGGCAAAUCGGGUUUUUCCCGUAUAUCGUUCCCGCAGAAGAACCCGGGCGCGUUUUGGUCGGACGAGUCGUCCGACGAGCUCAGAUCGCCGCCGAGUAGCGAAAGGCGAGAGCUUUCGUUUUUGGACGAGUUCGAUGUUGAAGAGAAAGCUGUUGACGUUGAAGUUGGUAAGGAAAUUGGACGAGAUGAGGUUGCACGCAAGGUGUUCGACGAAAUGGGUAGCAAAAAGAUCGGUUCGGUUGCGAAGCGGGAGGAGGGAGGGAUGGUUUGGUGGAAGGUGCCCUUGGAGUUGUUAAAGUUCUGUGUUUUUAGGAUGAGACCCGCGUGGUCGAUCCCAGCGGCCGCGGUGAUACUAGGGUUUGCAGUGCUGGGGAGGAGGUUGUAUAAGAUGAAGCAGAUGAAGAGGAGCAUUCCACAGCUCAAAAUCAGUCUCGAUGAAAAGAAGGCGUCGCAGUUCAAGGCUCGCGUCGCCCGUCUCAAUGAAGCCUUCUCUAUGGUGAGGCGUGUUCCUCUCAUCCGAGCUCCUCUUCCUGCUAGUGGAGUGACCCCGUGGCCCGUGGUGGGGUUCCAAUGAAGAGUGUGUACAUCCGUACAUCUGUGCGCUGCUUUUCCAUCGGCCGUUGAUCCUGUCUUGUUGUGUUUAGUCACUGCCAAUCAAUGAGUCUCAUCCCUUUUCCUUUCACAAAUUGGAUGGUUCGAUUAAAACUAUGAGAUUAGAUAGAGGGUGGAUGGAAGAGCGGUGUAUAUAUUUAUAUAUAUCUUCGACCAACAAUCGGAUUAGGAUGGAUAAUCCAAUGGAGUUCCAAGUUACAUAAAUCUCUCUCGUCCCCAUGUCUCUACAAUACAAAGUCUCUACUUAUAGGCCACCAUUGCUGCUUCUUUUUUUUUUGUUUGUUCUCUCUUUCUUUUGCAGCUCUUAUGAACUAUAAGCUUCUAGAUUGCGUAACCAAUGAAGCGGAUACUACGUUGUAAAUCUCCUUCAUUUGAAAUUUGUAUGUAUUUCAGAAAGGAUCAUACUAUAUAUGUUUGAUGCAUUUUCUCUCAAAAGGUAUUUGGAAUCUUUGAUGA